AUGGCUACCACCGGCUCCUCAAACGACCGAAAGCAGCUUCAUGUGGCGAUGUUCCCAUGGCUUGCGUUCGGUCACAUCAUCCCUUUCCUUGAACUCUCAAAAUCCAUAGCCCAAAAUGGUCACAAAGUCUCGUUUCUUUCGACCACUAGAAACAUCCAACGUCUCCCCACCCUCCCUUCCCACCUCUCCCCACUCAUAAAUCUUGUUAAACUCACUCUUCCACAUGUUCAAGAGCUGCCCCUUAAUGCAGAGGCCACCAUGGAUGUCCGCACUGAUGAUAUUCAUUACCUCAAGAAGGCUUUCGACGGUCUUCAGCCGCAGGUCACUCGGUUCCUUGAGGAAGAGUCUCCAGACUGGAUUAUUUAUGAUUUUGCUCCCUACUGGUUACCGCCCGUGGCGGCUGGCCUUGGAAUAUCGCGAGCUUUUUUCUUGAUGGUUAACGCAUGGUUUAUGGCUUUUAUGGGAUCGUCUCCUGAGGACUUGAUUAAUGGUUCUGAUUAUCGGAAGACAGCUGCGGAUUUUUUGACACCACCUAAGUGGAUUCCCUUUCCGACCAAUAUAUGCUACAGGAAGCAUGAGGCUAGUUGGAUGGUGGGCAACAUUUCUGUUAAUGCUUCUGGUGUUUCGGAUGCAUAUCGUUCGGGGAUGGUUUUGAAGGGAUCUGAUUGUAUAUUUAUAAGACAUUGCUAUGAAUUCGAACCCCAAUGGCUAAUCCUUUUGGAGAAGCUGCACCGCUUACCGGUGGUUCCUGUGGGAUUAAUGCCACCCGAAACACCCACCAAUGUCGAAGAUGGCGCUUGGAUGACGGUCAAGAAGUGGCUCGAUGGCCAACAAAAAGGUCGUGUGGUGUAUGUGGCAUUAGGAAGUGAGGUUAUAGUGAGCAAAAGCGAGUUGUCUGAGUUAGCUUUGGGUCUCGAGCUAUCCGGGUUGCCAUUCUUUUGGGCUCUUAGAGAACCUGCAGGUUCUACCGAGUCUGACUCGGUGGAGUUGCCAGACGGGUUCUUGGAACGAACUCGUGGCCGUGGAAUGGUGUGGACGAGUUGGGUACCUCAGUUACAAAUACUGAGCCAUGAGUCGGUGGGUGGUUUCUUGACUCAUUGUGGUUGGAGUUCGGUUGUGGAAGGGCUAAUGUUCGGCCGCCCUCUAAUAAUGCUGCCGUUUUUGGUGGACCAAGGUCUGAAUGCUCGAGGACUGGUGGAUAAGCAAGUGGGAAUCGAGGUGCCUAGAAGCGAAGAAGAUGGGUCCAUCACCAAGGACUCGGUGGCCAGAUCAGUGAGUUCGGUUGUUGUAAAUGAUGAAGGGAAGAUUUACAAGGCGAAUGCGAUGGAGUUGAGUCGUAUAUUCGGAGACACUAAACUGCAAAAGAAGUAUGUAGACGAUUUCAUAGACUAUUUGGCAAAAUGGAAGGGUGUUGCUGCUUUUGAUCAUUAGCGUUUAAAGAAUGUGGUUUAUUGCGGUGU